AUGCCAAAGCAACCAAGCCCCGUUCAUGUUAUUGGGGUGGGUAUGACCAAGUUCCUCAAGCCUCGAGGAAAGGUUGAUUACACUGAAGUUGGUUUUGAGGCUGGUAUCAAGGCAUUGCUGGACGCUCACAUUACAUACGAUGAUGUCGAUCAAGGUAUCGGGUGCUAUGUCUAUGGUGACUCCACUUGUGCCCAGAGAGUAUUUUACCAGUUCGGCAUGACGCAAAUUCCGAUCUACAAUGUGAACAGCAAUUGUUCUACUGGAAGUAGCGGCUUGAAUUUAGGCCGACAAGCGAUUGCUUAUGGUGCAGCCGACUGCAUUCUUGUUGUUGGAUUUGAAAAAAUGUUCCCCGGCAGUCUGAAAGGGUUUUGGGAGGACCGCGAAAGUCCCAUGGGAACUACCGGUACAAUGCUGCAAGAAACUUAUGGAUUCACCAACUCCCCCAUGGCUGCACAGCUCUUUGGUAACGCCGCUCGAGAACAGAUCGAGAAGUAUGGGUCGCAUCCGAACGACUAUGCCGAAAUUGCUCGCGUCAACCAUGAGCACAGCAAACGGAAUCCUUACGCCCAAUUUCAGCAGGAGUACACACUCGAAGAGAUCUUAAAUGCACCUAUGAUCCAUGAACCAUUGACGAAGCUCCAGUGUUGCCCUACCUCAGACGGCGGGGCAGCUGUAGUUCUCUGCUCACAGGGCUUUUUAGACAAACGCCCUCAUCUAAAGUCACAGGCCAUACAAAUAGCGGGACAGCAACUCGGAACAGACUCUCCGGAGUUGUUUAGCAAGUCGGCAGUGGAUCUUUGUGGUUAUCAUAUGACCGAAUUUGCCGCCAGAGAAGCCUUCAAACAGGCAGGAAUUACCCCUGACGAUAUAAGUCUAGUUGAGCUGCAUGACUGUUUCAGUGCAAAUGAGAUGAUUCUGAUCAAUUCACUCGGUUUGGCACCAGUAGGGAAGGCUCAUGAGCUUGUUCGUGCCGGUGGAAUCACUUACGGUGGUAAGUAUGUGAUCAAUCCAUCAGGUGGUUUGAUUUCAAAGGGGCAUCCUCUCGGGGCAACUGGUCUUGCUCAGUGUGCUGAACUGGUCUGGCAUUUGCGAGGUUGGGCAAACAACCGACUCAUCAAGGACCGAGAGGUCAAAUACGCCCUUCAACAGAAUUUGGGCCUUGGUGGUGCCUCAAUUGUCACCAUUUACAAACGCGCUGAUGGCAAAGUAGUCAAGCCUGUAGCCGACACAGAAAUCGCUGCACAAACAGGUCUCGGAUACAAUCCUGCCACUCAAGCUAAAGGAUUUACGAAAGCCCAGGCGCAGAGCGUCGUUUCCCAGAAGCAGUUCUCCGAGUACGCCUUGGCAGGUAUUGGAGACAAAGUUCAGGCGAGGUUCUAG